AUGGCAAAAAGUGUAUUAGAUACAAUAACUGAACAAGGUCCGACGAUUGCCAUAUGGACAAGUAUAAUGUCAACUGGUGGUGGUCUCGGCGAAAUUUUCGUUAACCAUGAUGCUCGUAUGCAUAUAAGUCCCGAACAUGCUAUACAACAACUUCUUGAAGCACAUAAACGUAAUAAAAUUUUAACCAAUUUAAUGCUAGCUGCAGGUGGAAUUGGAGGACUUCUCUCAUAUCAAAAUACGAAGGAUAGUUAUUGGCUAGUUGGAGCAGGAUUGAUGCUCGCUGGUAUACCAUACUGUGCAUUAAUUGAAAAUCCCGUGUGCGAUCAACUUAAAUUUCUUACAUUAGAUGCCAAAUCAGAAAAAGCAAAAAACUUAUUAACAUCAUGGGGAAGAGUGUCUUUGGGCAAACUUGCAUUAGCAUUGGGCGGUUCCGUCGUUUAUUAUUUUGUUGCUCGACGUUAA